CUUCUCUAUUUGUAUCAGUAUUUUAAUUUGACACAAUAUGACCAGACAUACAAUUACACUUUCCUUGUCCGAGGAGCAGUGAAGGCAGCAGUGUCGGUACAUCCCACCUGCGCUGGACGUUGCAGUGUACACAGCAAAGAUGGCAGCUUCAUUGGAAGACGAAUUUGAGGAUGCGCCUGAUGUGGAGCCGUUAGAGCCCACACUGAAGAAUAUCAUCGAGCAGAAGUCUUUAAAAUGGAUAUUUGUGGGUGGCAAGGGUGGUGUUGGUAAAACGACAUGUAGCUGCAGUUUGGCUGUCCAGCUUGCUGCUGUCAGGGAGAGUGUCCUCAUCAUCUCCACCGAUCCCGCUCAUAACAUCUCUGAUGCUUUUGACCAGAAGUUUUCAAAGGUGCCCACUAAGGUCAUGGGCUAUGAAAACCUCUUUGCAAUGGAGAUUGACCCGAGCCUGGGUGUGGCAGAGCUGCCCGAUGAGUUCUUCGAGGAGGACAACAUGCUCAGCAUGGGUAAGAAGAUGAUGCAAGAGGCCAUGAGCGCCUUCCCUGGUAUUGACGAGGCAAUGAGCUACGCGGAGGUCAUGAGGUUAGUGAAAGGAAUGAACUUCUCAGUGGUGGUCUUUGACACUGCCCCUACCGGUCACACACUGCGGCUGCUCAACUUCCCCACCAUUGUGGAGCGUGGUCUGGGCCGCCUCAUGCAGAUAAAGAACCAGAUCAGCCCUUUCAUCUCCCAGAUGUGUAACAUGCUGGGUCUGGGUGAUAUGAACGCAGACCAGCUGGCCUCUAAACUGGAGGAGACCCUGCCAGUCAUCCGCUCAGUCAGUGAGCAGUUCAAAGAUCCUGAACAGACCACCUUCAUCUGUGUGUGUAUCGCCGAGUUUCUCUCCCUUUAUGAGACGGAGAGGCUGAUCCAGGAGCUGGCCAAGUGCCGCAUCGAUACACACAACAUCAUCGUCAACCAACUUGUUUUCCCUGAAUCAGAGAGGCCGUGCAAAAUGUGUGAAGCCCGCCAUAAAAUUCAGUCCAAGUAUUUAGACCAGAUGGAGGACCUUUAUGAAGAUUUCCACAUAAUCAAGUUACCGCUGCUGCCCCAUGAAGUUCGGGGUGCUGAGAAGGUCAACACAUUCUCCCAGCAACUUCUGGAACCCUACAAACCCCCAAAUAAGUGAUCUCCCACCGUGCAGGACCUCCUCUCUCUCUCUCUCUCCCUCCGACAGACCCCACCUUUACAGUCUGAACUCACCUCCUCUGAGCUCCCCCCAACCAGCCUCAAACCCUGCAGUAAUAGCCUCAAGUCGAUCCAAUCAGUCCGUUACCCAAAGCAGAGCACUGCUCCAGCAGGACACACGCGCCCUUGUUGAAGGGGAGCUGAUGAAAUCACAAACACACACGUAUAUAACCUGAUAUCUUGUUAGAGAGGUAAGACGGUACAGAUUUGUGCUGCCUUAACUCUCAGUUCACCUUCUCUUUCCUCGCUUUCCUUCGUAUCCUCUGUGUGGCAGUUGUACUAUUCCUACUCGAAGCAUUUAACUUUCUCUCUGCAAAAAAAAACGUCCCUUCCUUCUCCAUCCUGUGCUAUGUCUGGCCUCAGUUGUGAAAGCAAAGUGUUUCCAGUGACGGUGCUGUGUAUUCCAGGAUAAAACAGCUUUCAGACGGUCGAUGUUUAUGCCUUGUUUAUUCUGUGUGGUUUUGUCUGUUCUCCAGUUUGACUUGUGACUCAAAUUUCAUUACUCUCUCACACAUCUGGACUUUACAUCAGAACGUCUAAAGAUUCAGGGCAAUGAAAAAAUACUAUUACCGUAAAAAAGAAAAGAAAUAAUAUGGCCUUGUGGGUCUAAGUAAAGCUUUGUUGACGAGACCAUAUUUGUUAUUGUAAGAAGAAGAAAAACCAGAGCAGUCUGUAGAGCCUCUUUUACCACGUGUUAAAUCAUUAGACCUCACAUUACCAUGCAACCCCGGUGAAAAUGCAGUAACCUUAUGUCAAUGAGAUUUCGAAUCGAGUCAAGUUUGGAGAUUUAUAUAUCCAUAUAUGGCUAAGUCAUUGUUUGAACUGCACAGUCUUAAUGGCCUCUGUUACAUAUUUGAGGCAGCUGUGGUUGCUUCAGGUCGGAGACGACACCAGGUUUUAUGAGAUUCAAAGGCAAAAUGUGUGUGUGUGAGACUCUUGAUGUUUGAAAGCUGAAAGAGUCCCAGUGGAAGUCCCAGUACCAGGUUCCCAUACAGUGCUGAUCAAACACUUUGUGUCCACCCUGUUUACCGAGAACUAUAUGGGAACACUAUUACAUUAGUAGCCUUAUUAGUGCAUUGUUAAUACAAAUAUAUUGAAUGUUGCUUGAUCAAUUGUGGAACAAAUGAAUGGCGAGUAGUUUUAAGUGGAAUCCAAGCGUGUUUGCCCUGUGAUUGAAUACUGGACUCUGAUUGGCUCGCCUGAUACUUCCAACAGGUUAAUACAUCCUUAAGGAAAUUGGCCACUUUCUGUCACUGAAUGCUUUUGAGUCAAUAAUCUGUUUUCUAAAGGUUUUCUUUAAAUUAUGUUGCGAGUGUUAAUUAAAACUAACUUGCCUCAGA